AUGGCCGCGGAAGAUGAAGCGCCUGGCGAAGCGGCACUUUUCGAAAAGACGUGGCGCCUGCUUACAUACGCAAACAGCAUCUUUUUUCGUCUGAAGUCAAAAUACAAACUGUCGCAAAUUAAAGAUAGCAUACACAAAAUUAAACAUAAGAACUGGAAAAUCGGUCACAGCUGUGUAACUGAAAUGGACGCCGCAGAAAACUUGGAGCAGGUUUUUUCUGUGCAUAUGGCCGCUCCUGCGUUAGCCGUGUUGCAGCAGCUCCGGAAGGACCUCAGCAAGCAGCAGGCUCAGAAGCUGCUGGACAACCACCGUAACUUUCUUCAGUUGGGCACGUGCAGUUUUGGUCGGCGGGGUCAAGCAUCUUACGCAUUGCGCACGGAAGCCGAGGUGCAGCGUCUCUGCAACAUCGCGAACAUAUCCGGUACGCAGUGGCGCGCUUGCCGAGCACAAAUUGAAGUUGGUCGCAUUACACCAGUCCACAAAGCAUGCAUGUGCGCCAGCAGAUGA